ACACAGGCUCUGAGGAUGUCCAGUUCACAAGCGAAUGGGACAGCUCCACUCCUAUAUUUCCCAGCGGGUCUGUAGGUGGGUGGGUGAUGGGGAGUCUACUGAAUGAACUGUGCAUCUAUUACCUGAGGGAUGUGCCCCAAGGAAGGGUUAACCCUCCCAGCCCCCCUCUCCCCGACACACACCCCGGAGCAGUAGUGUUUGGUACAGCCCACGUGUGCAGCAGGAGUGUGUGUGCCACAGACAGCAGAGCUCCCCGACCCACAGUCUACUCCGAGCUGCCCAGCGCUCAUACUCGUCUUGUCUCCCGCCCGGCCAGCAGCCCCUGGGUCCCAGCACAGAUCUGGACUUGUUCUCGUCGCUCGGGGACUCGUUCUGGAGUGAUCACAGACAGGUGCUGGCCAUGCUGAAGCCCGGAGAGACUGCUGGAUCCGCGUUCCUGAAGGUUGACCCGAUGUAUCUGCAGCACUGGCACCAGCUCUUCCCCCAGACUCACGUCAAGACUGGAGUUGUGAGCCAUGUGGCCCUUCCUGAGCGAUCUGAGCCCCCCAUAGAGACUCUCCGCCUGCGCCCGGCAUCCCUCUCCUCGGCCUCUUCCUCUAACUCUUCCACCCCCUCCUCUCUGGCCGGAGUCAUCCCCAUACCCGCAGUUCUCGGGGUCUUACAAAGCUCUGAGAUCGUGGCCCCCCAAAGAAGUGAGAUGGGAAUUUCCAAGUGCAUAGGGGAGACCCCUGAGAGAUUCCAGUGCUCCCCGGAGGAACUGGACUAUUACCUGUAUGGGCAGCAACGCAUGGAGAUCAUUCCGAUCAGCACCCCGACCAGCGACCCCAACAACCGUUGCGACAUGUGUGCAGAUAAUCGUAAUGGAGAAUGUCCUAUGCAUGGUCCAUUACAUUCUCUACGUCGCCUAGUAGGCACCAGCAGCACUGCAGCAGUGGCUCCUCCACCUGAAAUUCCUGAAUGGUUGCGAGACCUGCCACGUGAGGUGUGCCUGUGUACCAGUACUGUUCCCGGUCUGGCAUACGGCAUUUGUGCAGCUCAGAGAAUCCAACAAGGAACAUGGAUUGGACCUUUCCAGGGACUCAUUGUGUCUCCAGAAAAAGUGCAGAAUGGGGCUGUACGAAACACACAGCAUCUCUGGGAAAUAUAUGACCAAGAUGGGACUCUACAGCAUUUUAUUGAUGGAGGAGAGCCUAGUAAGUCAAGCUGGAUGAGGUAUGUCCGAUGCGCUAGACACUGCGGGGAACAGAAUUUGACAGUAGUUCAGUACAGAUCUAAUAUAUUUUAUAGAGCUUGUAUCGACAUCCCCAGAGGCACAGAACUGUUGGUGUGGUACAAUGACAGCUACACAUCAUUCUUUGGGAUUCCAUUGCAGUGCAUUGCUCAGGAUGAAAACUUGAAUGUUCCAUCACCAGUAGUUGAAGCUAUGUCACGGCAAGACACAUUACCAUCUUUUAACAAAAAUGGCAAGUUAAGCACCUCGUUGCAAAGGUCCCUAGUUUUCCCACAGACUCCCUGCAAUAGAAAUUACUCUUUACUGGAAAAAUCGGGGCCUCUGGACACAGGAUUUAACCAGAUCAGUGUAAAAAACCAACGAGUGCUUGCCAGUCCUACCUCAACGAGCCAGUUGAACUCAGAAUUCAGUGACUGGCAUCUUUGGAAAUGUGGACAAUGUUUUAAGACUUUUACCCAACGAAUUCUUCUACAGAUGCAUGUGUGCACCCAGAACCCAGACAGGCCUUACCAGUGUGGACAUUGCUCUCAGUCCUUCUCCCAGCCUUCAGAAUUAAGGAAUCACGUCGUCACCCACUCCAGCGAUAGACCCUUCAAGUGCGGCUAUUGUGGCAGAGCCUUUGCUGGGGCAACUACAUUAAACAAUCACAUCCGGACGCACACAGGGGAAAAGCCAUUUAAGUGCGAGAGGUGCGAUAGGAGCUUCACACAGGCCACCCAGCUGAGUCGACAUCAGAGGAUGCCCAACGAGUGCAAGCCGAUAACAGAGAACACAGAAUCAAUUGAAGUGGAUUAACUGAUUGACUGGUUGGAAUUAAACUGCAAGAAAAGUCAUGAUUAAAUGUCACGGACACUUAAGCAAAACCAAAGAUUUCCUCUGAACAACUUUCAAUCAGUCCGAGAAAACCAAAAGCAGUAAUAAAAUAAGUAAGAUGUUAAGAGAUAUUGAUCCUGGCAUGGACUAGAGACCAGGAGAGACAUUAUUUAUUUAUGAGUGGGGGUGAAACAUAUUUCACAGGACAAGGGGACUUAACCUUUUCAGUCCCAUCACACACACAAACAUAUAAAUAUAUAUAUAUAGCUUUAUUUCUAAAUAUCUUUUUUUAAUGAAAAGAAAACAAUUGUUAUUUAAUACCAAAGCGAAGGUUCUGCUAAAUUCUUCAUCCUCUGGCAACAUUUAUGGCUAUGAAUGCACACGGACAAGGUUGCGCUUUUUUGUAGCAUGAAUUCAUUCUUCUCGACACAGGACUUGGAGAAGCUUCAGACUUGGGAAAAGUCCACUUUGUAAAGAUUGUUCUUUCUCUCUGGACAAGGUGAUGAUAGACACUCGCCAGGACAGGGUGAUGACUGGUAUUGUGUCUAAAGACAUUUGACUUCCAUCAUCUACUGAAGCUCAUUACCAAUCAAACUUUGUGCACUUUUCAUGUAAAUGGUUUCAUAGACAUUGUUUAUGAUGAUGUAGGUUGAUUUGGGACUAAACACGUUGCAAUAUUCCAAAAUAAAUAUCUAUAUAUAUGUAUAGCAAUGUAAUUAGUUUGUUAUUUUAAAAAUUCUGAUGAAAUCUGUAAAAGGCAAUAUAUAUAUACACCCUGUUCAAAAGUUGUGUUUUCUGUCACUUCAUUUUAAAUGCUAUAUUCAGUAAAACAUAUUGAAAUAGGAUAUUUCCGGGGAUCCUCUGUAUCUGAAUUUCAGCCUUUUUCAUGUAAGUAAUCCAAACACUGUAAUGAAACAUUGGUCAAAUUAUCAUGGAUCACAUAAUGGAUCAUAAAGGGUUGAGGAGCAGUGCUGCAUACAGGAGAAUAGGUGGGAAGCACAUGGGCAUCACCUGCCACACCCCUAGUUUGAAGCACCAGGGGGUCACAAAAGGAACCUUUGUGUACAAGUGAUGUAUUAGUGCAGGGAACUCUAAGGGCUGUGAUUUUUCAGCCUAUAGUAAUUCUCUACUUGUGUCUAGCCCAAUGUAAAUGAACCCUUAUGCUUUCACUAAAUCAAUGAACAAAGAGAGACACACAGUAUUCUUUUUGGGCUUUCGCCCUACUGCAUUUAUUUUAAAGCAAAACACAAGGCACAAUGAUUUGUGGGCAACCCACUCCCUCAGAUGCAGAAUUCUUAUGAAGUGUGUUCCCAAACGCUUGUGCCUUCAUUUUAUGCUUUGCACUGAAUACCAAGAAUUGGUGUCUUCCCCUUUGUUUGCGGUUUCCGUUGGCGUGAAUCUGCCAGGGAUUGAGCAUUGAUGUCAGUCGAGUGGUGAAGCUCAGAAGCUGAACUGUGCUUGGUUAUUAUAUUGGAUAUGUGAGAAUCUAUCUUUGCCUUAGCAAGAAAAGCUAAAUACAUUUUAUUCAUGUUUUAAUGUCCCUUUUACAAAUUUGGUAAACAUUGACAUCAUUUUGAUACUUAAAUAAGUAAACUCAUAAAUAAAAAAUGCCUGAUAAUUAAAUGUGAUCCUUAGCAACUUUUCAAUACAGAUGCAUUACAAAUUUUCAGUAUUUUCAUUAUAUACUUCUUUAUAUUAAGUAGUUCUUUAUAUACUAGCUGAGCUACCUGGCUUUGCCUGGAAAAAUGUAAGUUACAUUUUAAAAAAAAUUUCAUUUGAAUUGUUGGCAAAAAAAAAAAAAAAUGUGCUCCUAAAAAGUUCUCCACUGCUAUGGAAUGCUGUAAUAUCAUUAGUCGAGAGGUGGGCUGUACCCAACAUUGGCUGGUCUGCAGGGAAAUAUAUCUGAUGUCUGUCAUAUGGUAUAGUGUAUGGGCUUGAAAUAUCACAGCUCGCCAGUAGAAACAUUCAACCCCAGACCUGCAGCUUGAGAAGGUAAAUGCCCGUUGCUUUUCUUGCAUCUGAUGCCAUUGGCUAGGCGCAAAAUUGUCCAAUUUUUCCGAAGAAGCGUGAGCCAUGACUGGAACCUUAGUGUGUGUUCUGGGUAAGGGAUACCCGAUAUAACAGUAAAGUCCAUACAGCAGACACUAGCAGAUCCUGCUAACAGGUGGGAACAAAAGAAAAGAAUCCUUUAUUGCAAAAACAUGGUACAAAAAUUAUUACACGUUUCAUGCUCUUAUGCUCCUGAUGAAUGUGUUGUACAAGUUGUACUGUGCAUGUACACCAUCAAAAAUUUGCACUGAUAGCUUGAAAUGUAUUUUAAAAACCAGCACCAAUCCCUAAAAAAAUACUUCCUUUAAACAGUUAUGAGAUGGUAAUUCACUUUGGUGUUAAAAUAUAACCAGGAAAGAAAUAUAAAAGGGAGUAAGGGGAUUUGAUACUGUACAGUAUGUGCUCGCACAUCCAGUCGAUUAAAUUAAAAAUUAGAAACAAUUUGUGCAGCAGGGAUCCGUUUGCAUUAAAAGCUUUAACUGAGAGGCUGAGAUGGGACAGUCAGGUUGACAAAACAGUCAGAUUUAGAAACUUCAA